AUGAAGAAACACCUGAGCCCCACGAAACAACAACAGCAGCAACAGCCGCCUCCGCCGGCUGACGUCCCGGCUCCGGGCUGCGAGGUGAACGUCGAGCAACUCAACGAGCUCCUGUCAGACGGCAGCGGCUUCUACAACCUGCCGACACAACACUUCAACGAGGUCUACCCGAGAAUUUACAUCGGCAACGCGUGA